AUGUCAUUUUCCUUCGGCUUUACUUCCAAUGACUUUGAUGAUGAUGAGCUUGUUGCUCAACCUGAAACAUUCGUUGAAAGCAGCAAAGAAAACGAAAAUACCACUGCUUACAUCAAUCCAUUAGAUUCGGAUUUCUUGUCGCAAGCUGGAGUUGUGCAGCCAAAUGUGGAAGACCUAGGAACAAUAUUGGAAAGUCUUAAGGAUGUUAGAUUGACAUUUGAAGAGUUCCAAUCUCCGAUAUAUAGAAAACCAUUGAUCAAGAGGGAACUAUUCGAUGUCAAACAUCAGCUAAUGUUAGAGACAGAUGCCCAAUCCAACAACAACUCCACGGAACUGGACAUUUUACUAGGUGAUACUUCUGAAGAUUUGAGAAAGAACAUCUAUGAAGGUGGGUUGAAAUCAUGGGAGUGCUCUUAUGAUUUAGUUGAUUUGUUGUCAGAGAACGUUGAUAGAAUAAGCAACGAUAUCGACGCGGUUGUCGAAAUAGGCUGUGGUACGGCACUACCCUCAGAGUUUCUUUUCAGAUCUGCUCUUCUACGGAAUGAUAGAAGUAAAGGUUUAAAGUUUGUUUUGACUGACUAUAAUGCCAGUGUAUUAAGAUUAGUUACCAUACCGAAUUUGGUUAUAACAUGGGCUAAAACGGUUUUGACAAAGGAACAAUGGUACGCCUUACAGAAAGACGAAUGUGAAGAUAUUCCAAUAAAUAAUGAGGAACUGCUUCUUACCUCAAAGCUGUUAGCUGCCUUUUACGACGAUGUACAAAGCAGGAAUAUCAGCGUCACUCUUAUAUCAGGAUCGUGGGGACGUAAAUUUAGUAAUUUGAUCCAUGAAGUACUCUCAGGUAGCCAAAAAGUCCUUUCAUUAUCCUCAGAAACAAUUUAUCAACCUGACAAUUUGCCCGUUAUAGCGGAAACAAUACUUGACAUACACAAUUUACCACAAACCGAUGUCAAAACUUACGUAGCCGCAAAGGAUAUUUAUUUUGGAGUCGGUGGUAGCAUCACUGAAUUUGAAGCUUAUUUGGACGACAAAAUAAACUCCGAACAUCUACCAAUUCAUUCUGAAAGGUUUAAAGUUAACUCUGGCUUAAAAAGGUCGAUUAUAUGCAUUGAAACAAAUAAAGCUAUCCGAUAG